UCUUACUAUGAAAAUAUAUUUAUAUAUAGAUCUAGAUCUAGUGUUAAAUUAAUUGUUUCCUAUUUAAAAAAAUUAUUUUUAUUUUAUUUGUUUGUCUUUAAUAUGUGUAUAUAAAAAAAGUUGGUCUGCAUUUUGCACCCGAAUAGACUUUAGCGUGAAUUACCAUCAGACUAAAAAUCUGGGUAAGUCUAUUCUGUUUGAGGACGAUCCAAAGUGACAAGGCGGACAAAAAUGGCGAAUAAUUACGAGCAUUCUAACAAAAGGCAGCGUACAGACGAUGGAUCGAGGGAUCCUGAAGAUCGCUUUAAACCUUCCCCUUCACCAUGUGUUCAUGUCAGAGGUUUAUCAGAACAUGCUAUUGAAGGAGAUUUAGUUGAAGCAGUGCAACAUUUUGGAACAGUCAGAGAUGUUAUGAUGAUGCCAAGAAAAAGACAAGCCCUUAUUGAAUUUGAGGACAUUAAUGGUGCAAAGAAUUGUGUGGAAUAUUGUCAGCAGGGAAACUCUAUUUAUGUUGCCGGACAGCCAGCUUUCUUUAACUUCUCACUCAGUCAAAAGAUUCAGAGACCAGGUGAAGGUGAAGAUGCUCGACCUCCCAAUCACAUUUUGCUUUUUACAAUUCUCAACCCACAGUAUCCAAUUACAGUUGAUGUUAUGCACACAAUUAAUGGUCCUUAUGGUCAAGUACAAAGGAUUGUUAUAUUCAAGAAAAAUGGUGUUCAAGCAAUGGUGGAGUUUGACAAUGUUGAAUCAGCAAAGAGAGCAAAACAAUCUCUAAAUGGGGCAGAUAUUUAUUCAGGAUGCUGUACCUUGAAAAUUGAAUAUGCCAAGCCUACACGUUUGAAUGUAGUUCGAAAUGAUUCAGAAAGCUGGGAUUACACAAAUCCAGCAUUAGGGGGCAAGGAGCCACCAGGUGGUCGUGGACAGCCCCUGUUGCAAGAACCUAGGUUUGGCUCUGCACCAGCCCCCUACAACGGGCCAGCUGGCAGUGGAUUUGGUGGUGGACCAGGUGGUCCUCCAGGAUUUGGUGGACCUGGGUAUUAUGAUGAUGGAUUUGAUGGUUAUGGACGUCCUGGUCCUUAUGGAGGUCCUGGUGAACGCUUCGGACCUAAAGGCGCUCCUGAUCGUUAUGGUCGUGGUGGGUCCUUUGAAGGAGGUGCUGGGUCACAAGGUGCUGUCUGUAUGGUUUAUGGCCUAAAUAUGGACAAGAUGAAUUGUGACAGACUCUUUAAUCUUUUCUGUCUUUAUGGAAAUGUUGUCAGGAUCAAGUUUUUAAAGAGCAAAGAAGGGUCUGCUAUGAUCCAACUUGGAGAUCCAAUUUCUGUUGAAAGAGCUAUUGCUAAUCUCAACAAUGCUUUCUUUUUUGGAAAUAAACUUCAGCUAAGCAUGUCCAAGCAAGCUUUUCUUCAAGAAGUACCCAACCCACAUGAACUUCCAGAUGGCACUACAUCUUAUAAAGAUUAUAUGGGCAACAGAAACAACAGGUUUACAAAUCCAGAAGCAGCUCAAAAAAAUCGCAUUCAAAGCCCAUCUAAAGUACUUCAUUUCUUUAAUGCACCUCCAAACAUUAGAGAGGAAGAAGUUUUUGAGUUAUUUGACACAGCAAUAGGAAAGCGCCCCCUGAAGAUGAAACAGUUUCCAUCAAAGACUGAACGUAGUUGUACUGGCCUUGUUGAGUUUGAAAGCAAAGCUGAUGGAAUUGAAGCACUCGUCAUGGUAAAUCACACACCAAUAAACAGUGCAGGUGGAAAAACUCCAUUCAUUUUCAAGUUGUGCUUCUCUGCAAUGCCCCUGUCAACAUAAUUUCUUGCCGAGAAUCUCUUUUUAUUUCAGAGUGUAUUUUUUAAGUGUUUUAUGUUUAACUUGUAUAGUUAAAUCAUGUCCAUUUGGUGAUGUCACUCCAUUUGCCCCAUCUAGUUUUAUUUUUGUUUGUCACACUCAUACUGACAAAUAUUUUUAAUGAAAUGACUUUCUUUGUAAUUUAUGUUGUAAUAGGUGUUGAAUAAAUCAACAAGAAAAUAAAUAAAAUAUUAAGAAUAUUG